AUCCUCUUUUCAUUUUGAUCCCCCCCACCCCGUCCUGCUCGGCCGGGCAGUGAACACCAUGGCACAGACAGACACAGUCUUGACCAAGGAGCCAGCCCCACAGUCAAUAGAGGCCUGUGACCUGCCGAAAAAACUGUAUGACGUGGCUUGCAACACCGGUGCCGACACAUCCUCCGGCAUGGUCACCGCUGGCUUCCGCACAGCCAAAUACCUGAUGGACGAGUGGUAUCAGAACAGUUACGCCCGCUACCACCAGGCCUUCGCGGACCGGGACUACUCGGAGCGGCAGCGGCAUGAGAGCAGGCAGCUGGCCGCGGAGACGGAGGCGCUGGCUCAGCGAACGCAGCAGGACUCCACCCGGAAGGUGGGGGAGCGCCUGGAGGACAUGCACUGCUGGAAGUCGGAACUGCAGCGGGAGAUAGAUGAACUGUCCGGCGAGACGGACCUGCUGCUGGCCCAGAAGCUGCGGCUGCAGCGCGCCUUGGACGCCACGUCCGUGCCCUUCUCCAUCGCCACCGACAACCUGCAGUGCCGAGAACGCCGCCAGCAGCCAGAUCUCGUCCGGGACUACGUGGAGGUGGAGCUGCUGAAGGAAACGGAGCUCAUCAAGAACAUCCAGGAACUCCUGAAGAGGACUAUGGCACAAGCUGUGGGCCAGAUACGGCUGAACCGGGAACAAAAGGAGACCUGUGAGAUAAGCUGGUCAGACAAAGUAGAGACCUACAACAUUGACGAGACCUGCUCCCGCUACUGCAACCAGAGCACCCAGGUGCAGUUCCAUCCGCACUCCGCCAAGUUCGAGGAGAGUGCCUCCACGCCCGAGUCAUGGGCCAAGUGCACUCAGGACACCCUGAUUCGAGCUGAGCGCGAGCGGGUAGCCUCGGUUAACCUGCGGAAGUUAAUUGACUGCGUCCUGCGGGAUACGGCCGAGGACCUGAGGCUUCAGUGCGACGCAGUGAACACGGCUUUCUCGCAGCGCUGCGAAGAGCUGGAUGACACAUACCAGAAACUGCAGUACCAGCUGCGAAAGACGCUGAGGGAGAUCACGGACCAGGAGUACCAGGUGGGAGCCUUGAAGCAGGCCAUCAAGAACAAGGAGGCCCCUCUGCGUGUGGCCCAGACCCGCCUCUACCAGCGGUCAUACCGGCCCAAUGUGGAGUUGUGCCGGGACAGGGCACAGUUUAGGUUGCUGAGCGAGGUGGAGGAGCUGAACAUGUCCCUCAGUGCACUGAAGGAGAAGCUCCUGGAUUCGGAGCAGGCGCUGCGGAACCUGGAGGACACACGCAUGAACCUGGAGAAGGACCUUGCCGUCAAGGCCAACAGCCUCUUUAUCGACCGCCAAAAGUGUAUGGCUCACCGCAGCCACUACCCCAGUGUCCUCCAGCUGGCUGGCUACCAGUGACUGGGGAUGCCCCCCC